AUGGUUAACAGGAAGGCGAAGAAGGCAGUGACGGAGGCAAAGAGCAUUGCAUACAAGAAAAUGUAUGAACGCCUUGAAACAAAGGAGGGGCGGUCGACUACCGAAUCGAUACACAUUCUAAGGAGAUUGAUGGAGAAAUACAGGGAAAAGAAACAAGAUCUACAUAUGGUGUUCAUUAACCUUAAACAGGCAUAUGAUAGUGUACCACGUAAACUGAUUUGGGAUAGUUUGGAGGGUAGAGGGGUUCCUGAAGGGGAUACAAAUUUCUUCCCUGUCGAGGUAGGACUCCACCAAGAGUCUGCGUUGAGUCCGUUUCUCGUUGCGGUUAUCCUAGAUGAGUUGUAA